GCGGCGGCGGCCAUGGCAGCGAGGCUCUUGUGAGCAACGUGUUCACCGACACUGGAGUGUCUUUGCGCGACAAUAAGCACGGCGACAAGCAGCAGAGCCAGAACUACAGGUAAGUUGACGCGAUUCACUACUCGAUGGCUUCAGAAGAUUUCCUCCGACAAGCUGCUGCUGCCUGGCUAUCCACCAUGGAAGACAGCAGACAGCGACUCCAGGAUAUGGUGUCUCUUCUCUCUGCCUCCACUCCACCUCCACCAGAGGUUGUUGGGGGAGCGAUCUCGGUGGCGAGAUGGGCGGAGACAGUGCUACAGCAGAUGCUGGAGGUUAUCUGGGUGCUGGAGGGGCCGGCACCUGAGCUGGACGAGCUUGUUGACUGGCGCAAGGUGGGUGCUCUGCUCAGCGAUUGUUACGAGCUCCUCGAUGAAGGGAGUGAGCAAGGUGCUGACAUGGCCAAGCGCUCAGGGGAGGAGCUGUCAGUAACCAUAUUCUGUAGCGAUGGGGUGCCAUGAGUACUGUUAUACCUGGUCAUCAUCACUUAAGGUUUGACUUGGUUUGAUGAUCCGUAGGUAUAGAUUAUAACUUUCUUCCAAUUACUGUACUCCCUUUCGGUUUGCGCCGAUGUUAACUACUGUUGCUCAGGGGAAGCUCGACCUAAUUACUGAUGAGACUUGGCUUGAUGAUCUGUAAGUAUAGAUUAGAAUUUUCUUCCAAUAGUGUGCUCCCCUUUGGUCUGCGUCUGUGUUAAUUAGUUGCUCCAGGGAAGCUCGAUCUAAUUACUCAUGAAUCACUAAACUAUUUUGCCCUGUUAUCAUUCUCUUCGCCCUAAUGGUAUCUCCCCCCUCCUCACCGUGUAGAAAAUUCAGGAGCGUAGGGCAGAGCUUGAUUCUGCACACAACGGGGUUAAUCCUUCCUCAUUGAGGAAGCAAUCAAUGCCCCGGGAUCAC